AUGAACCCUCGCAGGACUUCUCCGGUGACUCGUCCGGACUCUACCUCUGGAAAUGGUCUCGUCCUUAAGACCAACAUGAUCCUCCGGAAGGGUGCUACCUUCCAUUCUCCCACCAGUCCCUCUUCAUCCGAGUCGAUCCCGUUCAGACCGCCACCACUACCACGCCGCUCCCAGACCAGCUUGGACGAUGUCGUCGAUGCUCAUCGUCGCCGAGUCGCACUAACUCUUGGUAACAUCGACAAGACCCUCUCUGCUGCUACUGGGUCAUCGUCGUCGUCCCGCAAGACCUUCAGGGACGACAGUCUCCCCAUCCCAAGAGGAUUCCUCGACCACACCAUCACCAUGACGAAAGACGCAGAGACCGAGCGACGCGUUCUGCGUCCUCGGUCCAACCGUCGAGCGUCCCGAUGCCACGAAUCAGACAGUGGCCUGGGGACCUCGAUCGCGACGUCGACGGAGAAGCGUGCUGCCGACGCCAACGUGAAGAAGGAGAAGACUUCCGUCAAGGCCACGGCUAUAACUAGGUCUGCUGCCGCCGCUUCCUCCGUCCUCCCUGGCCUCAGCUCUCGCGCCACAAACCGAAUCAUCGAGCACACACUGAAGCCUCUUCUGGCAAAGCCGUCAUUGAAGACUUUCCAUCCCCUUGUGCUUGACUGUCCCAGACGCAUCCAAGAGAAAGAGAUUCUUUGUCUCAGAGAUCUCGAGAAGACACUACUACUAAUUGCUCCGGAGAGGACCAAAGUUGCCGGCUUGUACCUCGACUUCUGCCUAACAACAAUCCGGUGCAUCCAAGCAACUGUUGAGUACCUCAGCGACCGAGAGCAAACUCGACCUCGCGAUCUCCCUUACACCAGCGGCUACUUCAUUGACCUUGUCGACCAAAUCCGGCAAUACGCCCAACAACUUGCUGACGCUAAGGAAAAGGAGACCACGGGAGACGAGAUGGAUGUUGAUCCAACUGAUGAGGUCAAGCUUCACGGCGGCAUUCACAUCAAUGGCCGCCCGGCUGAGCUUGUCCGGGUGAAGAAGAACGGUAAGGCCAUUUCUAUGGCCACUGGUGAACCCGUUGAGAUUGAAGAGGAGGCCAAAGGCCCCAUCAAGAUCAAGCGGUCUGCUAGCGAGGAGCUCGAAGACGAGGAAGAAAUCAUGCGCUCCAUGGCGCGACGAAAGAAGAAUGCCACCCCAGAGGAGUUGGCUCCCAAGAAGUGCCGCGAGCCCGGUUGCAACAAGGAGUUCAAACGGCCCUGUGACUUAACCAAGCACGAGAAGACUCACUCUCGCCCUUGGAAGUGCCCCGUUCCAACUUGCAAGUAUCAUGAAUACGGCUGGCCCACCGAAAAGGAGAUGGAUCGUCACCAUAAUGACAAACACUCGUCUGCCCCACCCAUGUAUGAGUGCCUGUACAAGCCGUGCCCAUACAAAUCAAAGCGGGAGUCCAACUGCAAACAGCACAUGGAGAAGGCUCACGGCUGGACCUAUGUCAGGACAAAGACAAACGGCAAGAAGUCUGUCGGCAAACCUGACAGCACUGCUCAGCCCACUCCUCUGCUGCAAAAUAUCCCUACUCCCAUCAGCGACAACAGCAUUGGGAUUGCCACGCCACCAGAAGACCAAUUCGGUCGGAUCUACCCACCAACCAACUUCGACUUCCCUACCUACGUGCCAGAGGACCCGUUCCAUGCAUUCAAUAUUCCGCAGGAGCUUCAGUUGGACUACUCUCCGAUUGACAAUGCUACUCCCUCUACAGACACUAGCAUGGAUCACAGCACAACGUAUCAGGACAAUUCUACAGACUACACUGCCUGGGAAGACAUCUACAGCGCCAACACUGUUCAGGUGCCUACUCCUCCUUUCAAUAAGGAAAUCGCUCAGCAGUUUGCUGCCUUCACUGAGGCGGAACUCGGCCAUCCCCAGCCGGCUCCGCAUAUUUCACCCAUCGGUCAGGGCAAUGCAAUGCUCUUCACCCCAGCAUCGCUGGCUGAGGUAGAUGAGGGCUUUGAGGAGUUCCCCGCCAAUGGAUCUGGCGGCGACUUCCUCCUGUUCCCACCAGCCGAGAACAAGUCCCUCACAUAUGAUCAGGCACUGUUUGGCGAGAUUCCCAGCGUUGCUGCCGGCUAUUCCCAGCCAUCCUCCCAGGACUUCAUGCCUAUGGAUUGGACCACCAAUGGCUACAGCGGCUACGAUUCGCAGCAUUAG